CAGAUUCGUGAUAAAUAACAUCUCCGUUUUUCGGUUGUGGAGGUCAGAUCGUGUACCGUAGUUUCUCCAGCGGUGUGUAUAAGUAAGUGGCGGGGAGACGAACCGAAUCUUUAAUUGUUAUCUGGAGAUUGUUCGCCUUCUCACCCCCUUAGUUCGGUUGGAAGGCCACAUACUACAUUUGAAAGUUUCGAGGCGAAAAGACGGGAUCGAACAUCCUGCCAUCAUGGCCAUGCGUGUGCAACAGAAUGGCAGCUCCUCGACUUCGGUUAUGGAGCUAGAGCCUGUUUACAUGUCCUCACCAUAUUCGAACCAGGAUGCUAAAGUUGAUAUACCAGCCCGUGGACCGAGUCGCCAGACAAGCAGCGGACAUAGCGUUGCUGCUUUUGAUGAAGAUGCAACCUCACUUCCACCUCCUAAUAUGGUAGCCGAGGCCGUGCAAAGAUGGAACUACCCUCGAAAAAACAUACCGCGCGUUGCUUCGUGUUUUUGGUCUUUUAUCGUGAUGGGCUCAAAUGAUGCUGCAUAUGGCCCUCUCAUCCCAUAUAUUCAAGCUUACUAUGGCCUCACAUAUGUAAUAGUAUCGCUCAUCUUCCUUGCCCCCUUUGCGGGAUACACAGCGGCGGCAUUCUCGAAUAAUGCUAUCCACCUUAAGCUGGGUCAGAGGGGUGUCGCCUUCCUCUGUUCGGGGUGCCACUUGAUAUCCUACAUAAUAAUCGCCGUCCAUCCCCCAUAUCCAGUUUUAGUAGUUGCGUUUAUGCUGGCCGGAUUUGGCAAUGGUAUAUGUGAUGCCGGUUGGAAUGCGUGGAUUGGUAAUAUGGCACGGGCGAAUGAGAUGCUUGGUAUUCUUCAUGGUUUCUAUGGAGCUGGUGCUGUCAUCAGUCCGCUGGUUGCUACGACUAUGAUUACCAAGGCAAAUUUGCCGUGGUACGCCUUUUACUAUCUUAUGAUUGGAAUGGCUGCGCUCGAGGUAGUUGUUUCGGUCAGUUGCUUUUGGAAUGCGACUGGGCGCGAAUACAGAGAGUCGCUCGCGAAACAUUCCGACUCAUCCAAAGGUAGCCUUAAGGAGGCUCUACUAAAGAACCCCGGAGCUCGUGUGACUUGGCUUUGUGCCUUUUUCUUGCUCGGUUACGUCGGCCUUGAAGUCGCCCUUGGAGGGUGGAUCGUCGAGUUCAUGAUUCAAGUGAGGAAAGGUGAGCCAUUCGCCAGCGGUAUGACGGCUACUGGAUUCUGGCUCGGCCUGACGAUCGGACGUUUUGUCUUGGGAUUCAUAACACCGAAAAUUGGUGAGAAAUUAGCGAUAACGAUAUAUCUCCCGGUGACGAUGGGUCUAGAGUUGUUGUUUUGGCUAGUCCCCCAGUUUUACGUUUCCGCUGUCGCCGUAGGGCUUCAGGGGUUCUUCAUCGGCCCCCUGUUCCCGGCUGCCAUUGUCGCCAUGUCAAAAUUACUCCCGCGGCAUCUUCACGUCGGAGCUAUCGGGUUUGCUGCAGCUUUUGGCGGUAGCGGCGCAGCGGUUUUGCCCUUCGCUGUUGGAGCUGUUGCCCAGGCCAAGGGCGUGCAAGUGCUGCAGCCGAUUAUCCUCGCCCUUCUUGGUAUCAUCUUGAUGUUCUGGGUUGGAUUGCCUAGGAUAGAUAAGAAAAAGGAGUGAUUGUGUGUAAUAAGUCGCAUAUUAGGAACCUUGAUAUUAGGAAACCUGGUAAGCGCGUUACUAGCUCAAAGUGAGCUGAAUCAUAUAUUUCUCAUUGCGAUCCCUUCUCAUAAUAACUUCUGAUGCGACGGAUGCGGAAGCUGUGGAAACACCAGAUGACAAUCUUUUGAGACAAGAUUGGCUUCAAAUAGGCUCCCUUAUCCGAAUACUCCGUAACACCGCGCUGGCUAUGGCAUGGCCAGAGCGAAUCCUUCCUGGCAGUUUCUCCUUACCGACUGCGGAGAUCUCGGUGUAGCAGGCAAAUAGAUAUACCUACCAACCUAGGUAUGGAUACCGUCGCAUCCGUAGACACAUGCAUUGAUGCCUUCCGGGAAUCGUUGGCGUCGCGUUACGAAGCUGCUUGGGCCUGACUACCUGACCAUACCUUGUGGCAACCUACCUAGGUACCCUUGUGGAAGUCAUUAUUGGGCUGUUGAGUUGUGAUAAUCCGGCAAGAUGGGAUCUCUAAGCAAGAAGAAAAUGAUGAUAGAACUAGAUAUACCAGCUCUUAGUUUUAUACGACUGUGCCUGUUAUGAGAAAAAGCACUCGAGCAAAGUCAUGUGAGCGUCUUGAUAUGCUGCCAGCAAGGUUGUAAGAAAAAGUGAC